ACGCGAGCUUUUAGUGUGGUUCCGCGCAUACAAUCAGCAGUGUCGUGAAUCUCUUUCGAUUUCCCUUUCACGUCUUUUUGUUUCUAUCCUUUCUGCAUACGUAGCGAUUCUUCCUAUCUUCUACCUAUUCGUCUUAAUUUCUCCCAAACAGUGACUUCUUUCGUCUCCCAUGUGCUUUCGUUCUUAUUUCCUCUAAAUAUCGAUCCUUUUUAUCUUCAAUUUCUUUUUCUCAAUAUUUUUAUUUUUCGUUUUCCUUCCCCUUUCGAGUGGCGAAUUUUCGUUUCUUUCCAAGUUUGGUUCUUCUGAAGUACUUUUGAGAAGCUUUCCAAGUGCGGACGCACGCGUACACGCGCUUGCGAGAUGAGAAGUGCGCGCGACGAUGAAUGAUCGAACCGAUCGAAUUCCUGAAAGAUUUCCGUCGGUGGACACCUUCGGGGAAGGUUGCCAUCGAAUCUUCGUGGAUCGAGCUGGGUGACUGGAUCGUCGGUUUGUCAUCCUCUUUACGCGUAACUGGAAUUUCAUUUGAUUACGAGGAAAGAAAUUUUGGCUUGUUUCUGUUACUUCGGAGUUUGGAAUUAUUGAUCGAUACGGGUAGAAUAUUUGGCACCAGCGAUUUAUAGAAAUACAACUAGGAUAUAGAGCAAUAAAAUACAGCGAUACAAUGGUGAAUUGAUACGAAACAAACAAGAAAUCUAGACGCAGACAUAUCACUUACGAAACACGUGGUCUUGUAAUGCGUGAAGUAUUAAUAUCUCUCUAACUGGAUGAUUAAAUUUCGUAAGGAAAAAUGAUGGCAAGAUUUUCGUAGAAUCUAUGACACGGACAGAUUUCAGAUGUUUCAUUAUAGAUUCAUCCACUUAGUAUUCCUCCGACUCUUCAAACAGACUCUACAGUUCCUGUUCCGUGUAAAAAGUACCGAGCGAUAUUUCGACUCAUUUACAGCCCCUUAACUUUUACAUAGAGAUGGAGGUCAAGAUUCUUCCAAUCAAUUUUCCAUUCGGGAAAACUGUAUACGGUAGAGUAUUCAAUAUUCGAACGAUGGAUUCUGGAGAAGAAAGGCAUGGACCUCUGCAAAUAUUUUUUUCUUCGAAGCUAAAAUCUCCGCUGAUGAGAUAUACUCGAAACAUUGUAUAACAGUGGGAAAGUUCUCAGUUUUAAUUUUACUAAAGAUAUUUCAUAAUGGUUAUAGUUAUAAAGAUCUAAAAUUAAUUGUUAACGUUUGGAAUAAUAUAACAAUUGUAAAAUGAAAGUUCUGCUACGACAUCUUCAAAAAAUUUACUUUCUGUUUUUACUCGAUUUUGGAAACUUAGCCACAACAGAGGACUAAAAUCCUGAAAGUUGGAAUUUAACUUCAGAGGAUAAAAUAUUGAUUUCACGUGUUGAGAUACAUAUACCAAGACAGUGGUUGAUUUGAAUAUUUCAUACACAAUGUCCGAUCAAUGACCUCUCCUGGAAUGUCACACAGUGUGUCGAAGAACUCAGAAACCCUCUGCCACUGUACCCAGAAAACAAAUCACGAAUUCUACUUCAUCCUGCUAUUCCCAGGCUUCUCCGUUUCACUGGGUAUCUAUCUUUCAUCUCCAUUCGACUGUACGGUCUAUCGAACCUACACGGCGUUGCUUUCAACGAACACCCAUAGCUUUUCUAUUAAUCAUACAAGCGACAGAAACAGAAAGUAGAAACUUCGAAUUACAGUCAGAACAGAUAUGUAUGAAAUAACAAAGGAAAAUAAUAAGAAACUUCGACUCGUAUCCGUGCGUAGAAUUACAUUUAUCUGACCACGUUAGGGAACAAACAAUAACAUCCACAUAAUUCAUGUAGUAUAAGCAUCGACCGACUCCCUCCAUUGCCUCAAAUUUUUUCACGUAAUGGGAAUUCACGUCCAGAUAAAUAGAUUUGGUACACAGGAAAUCGUUUAGUCAGACACUAAAUGACGUUUUGUUCCAUAUUUUCAUUUUGUACCUAUAAUUUUUCGUUCGUGCAGAAGAAAAUUCAGACAGCGAUCCACAUUCAGACAAGUAGAUUCAACCGAUAUAUAAUCGGACAGAAACUAGAAUUUUGUAGGCAGUAGGCAGAGUUGCAUUGCAACAUCUACGACGUUUCGUUCGUGCAGUAGGAAUUCACAUUCAGAUAAGUAGAUUCAGUGAAUAGUUUACAGUAAGAUAAGUAGAACAGUCAAUAGUUUACAUUCAGAUAAGUAGAUUCAGUCGGCACCACGUUCGAACAAGUAGAUUCGGUCGACAUAUAAUCGGACACUAACUAAAAUUUCGUUUCAAUAAAUAGAGUUGUAUCGUAUGGAAUUUUACUCUAUUAUAUGGAAUUGGGAAAAAUGAAAUUCAAACAAAUAGCAACAUGGUGGCAGUUAGGUCCCCGAUAUUUCCUGGUUCUAUAUAGAAUUUUCAUUAAAAACAUUCUCUUUUACUCUAGUUAAUCGAACUAUACAUAGUUUCCCCACAAUGUAUAAUUACAUUUUUAAUAUAUAUUAAUAACAUCGUCUGUGGUUUCGGAACAAGAACAGAGCCAACGUAAUCUCUACUUGUCGUAAAGGACAACUAAACCCAUUGUUUAAAAAAUGUAAAGAGACUUGUAUCCAAAUUUUCGAACGAAAAAUGUGAAACAAAGAAAUGGGAUAAAAAGGGAAAGAUUUUGGAAUAUUUAAUAGCAAGUUCUCUUACGAAAAUUAAUGAAUUUAAUUAAUUAACUUAUUGAACGAUCUAACGUGAUUCUCAUUCCUUUAUGAAAAGGCGAAUGAAUCUCAACCUAACGUAAUUUUCUAUCAUACUAACCAUACAAAUCUCUCUGUCUCUCCCUCUUCUACUUUUUCGCCAUAGCUCCUCCCUGAACAGACAUCGUAUUCGCUCUUUGAAACAGCAACAUAUGAAAAGAAUAGAGAAAGGAGGGGGAAACGUGUCGGAUUAUCCGGCGGCCGGCCUGAUCGGACCUAGAAAGGCGGUUGUUCUAAGGUUUCCGCGUUUGGCGUAGGAAGCCAGCCCGUGGACUGGCUCGUGCCUUGACAGAGUGAGACACAAAAUCAUCAGGCCAAGAAUCCGUCGUUGUGGAUCGUUAAACGUCGUUAAAAAUCGACACCGGUGUGCAAACGUACGCUACAUACGUUAUACUCCUACCACUUUCUUCGCCCCUUCUACGAGGAUGGAUCGUAACGAGAGCGCAAACGAGGGCGGAAGCUCGCCGGAUACGGUGAUCGCGCGCUCCUCGUCCGAAGAGGAGCGGAACAGGUUCGCGUGCAGCACUUCCGGUGAAUACGUGACCGUAGGUGACAGCAGCUCCAGCGUAGACACGGUCACGAGCGUUGGAACGACGACGAACGUGGCCACCGGUGACCCACCGGCCGCGGACGAUAAGAAAAAGGGAAGAUUCGGAGUUUUGAAGAGCAGCUUCCGGAAGGAGGGAGGAUUGUUCAAGAUUAGGAGGAAGAACAGGCAGCUGGACGAAUCGGCUGCCGAGCCUGAGCUGGAUGUCGAGGAAAAAGAAACGGGUCGGAAGCGGAGUUCAGUGGAGGAGCAGGGCGACCGCAAGGUCGUCGUUGGUCCAUCGACGACCUUGAAGAAGAAGAAGAAAAAGUCGAACUCGUUGGUGCGCAAACUGAGCCUGAACAAAUUUCGUCUGUCGACGGAGCAGGAGCCGAGGCACACGCCCGAGGGUGGUGACAGCAGUCGAUCACAGAGCCAAUCGUCGCAGGAAUUGUCUAGCCUCUCCGACAGCCCGUCGAAGACCGCGAGGAAGGGGCAAGAGAUCGAGAGGCUUGGCCAUCGCGACGGAUACGAGGCCGACGAGCAGCCUGACACGUUAUACGACGUGGAUAGAGAGAAGGGAGAGCCGAGGAAACCGGAGAAACCGACGGAGAAACCGGUGAGCACGGUGACCGUAGUGCAGCGCAAGUCGCCGUCGUUAACCAUCAGGAGCUUUUCCUCGAAGAGUCUGUACGAUUCCCAAUCCUCGGAGAAAUCUCCUCGUCUGGAAGCUCGGUGCAGCUCGGCGCUUCCCUAUGCGCUUUCAAAAUGGGCGGAGCAAAAGCCGCCGAAACCAACAUCGUCCGAACCAUCUAGAAAAUCCAAAUUGAACACGAAAUCCGAGUCCGAGUCUGGAAUACCAAAAUCGUCCCCUCGCGAGGUUAGACGAAAAUUGUCCUUAUUGGAGGAAAAACGUGCGAUUUUUCAGCGUCGUUUGUUCGAAACUACUCGUGACACGGAUUCGGGCGAGACGGUGAUCGCUGUUACCAUCGACGACGACGAUAAAUCGCCGUCAGCGAAGGAGGAGGAGAAACAAGAGGAAAAUCGAACGAAGAAGAAGGCGAGGCAUAUCAGUGUGAAAAAGUUCGAUACGUUCUCCACGUUCGAGGGUACGUUCGACGAGGAGACUGGAGUUGGCUAUCUGGCUGGUAUUGAGGAGGAUUAUACCGAGAGCUACGAUAGACAGCACGAUAGUUACCUGGCUACUGUGGGGUCGAUGAUGGCUGACAACGCGGAGAAGAGCAAGGUCGUCAGUCAGGAUAGCAUGUCGUCACAGAACAAUGCGCCGAAUGCCGGAUUAGGCGAUAAACGAGAACACUUGUAUAAAAUCCUGGUAAUUGGUGAGCUGGGCGCUGGAAAGACGUCCAUUAUCAAGAGAUACGUUCAUCAAUUCUUCUCGCAACAUUAUCGCGCGACGAUUGGCGUUGACUUCGCACUGAAAGUAUUGAACUGGGACCCGCACACGAUCAUAAGGCUGCAGUUAUGGGAUAUCGCAGGUCAAGAGAGGUUUGGCAACAUGACGAGAGUGUAUUACAAAGAAGCAGUGGGCGCGUUUAUAGUAUUCGACGUGACGAGAAGCGCGACCUUAGACGCAGUGGUGAAAUGGAAACAAGAUUUGGACUCGAAAGUGCAACUUCCUGACGGUUCACAGAUACCUUGCGUCCUUCUUGCGAACAAAUGUGACCAGCAGAAGGAAGGUCUAGUGAAUUCACCGGCGAAAAUGGACGAAUACUGUAAAGAGAAGAAUUUCGCCGGAUGGUUCGAGACUUCGGCCAAGGAAAAUAUUAAUAUUGAGGAGGCUGCACGUUUUCUUGUCAAUAAAAUACUUCAGAACGACCAGAUGAUGAAAGGUAAUGGAUCCCAGGAUCAGACAGAUGGCGAGCGGUUCGCAUUGAAUCAAACGCCAACGAGUUCAAAGAAAUCCUGUUCCUGCUGACGAAUCGGUAACCAACCGAUAGCAGGAUCGUCCGGUCCGUUAUCGUGGUCCUGCCAUCACCGUUUAGCCAUCGGUGCCAUGACACGAGAGUGCAGUGCUGCUUGCUCCGCGUCGACCAUCGCCGUCGUCGUUGGAUCUCGUCUCGAUCGUGUAACCAAUUUCCUGCCUGAGAAACGAACCAUAAUAACGAUCAUUCCAUCGAUCAAAGUCAUCUUUUGUAAGAUUUCGAUGCUUCCUCGUACAUCGUCGAUGGUUACUGAUUGAGAAUUUACGAAAAUCGAGCAUAAUUCUUCCAUUUGAUCUUUGUAAAUAUGCAUACACACACAUAUAUAUAUAUAUAUACAAUGACGGACGAAAGAAAGUUUAAACGAUACUGUUUUAUUAUGACUUUAUUCGAGUUUUAGAAAGCUGAAUUCUAUUUUACGAGUACGAUGAAUAAAGGUGAUAUAUAUAUUCGAAGAAAGCGAUUGUUACCAAGAUGGUGAAAAGCAUCCAGUACGAAGUUACCAAUACUCGUAUAUUAUAGACUGAGGGUUUUUAUACAUUUAUAGGAAGUUUAUAGGAAGGUGCAAAAUUGCACGGAAUGCACAUAAUAUGAUCCACGCUAUAGUGCUUCGCAUAACACUUUUCCAUCGAGAUUCCACUGUUUUAAUUACACCCUCAACAAUAUUAAUUUGUAUAAAAAUCUCCAGUCUAAGCGCGUGCAAGUCGCAAUUUUGAACUUUCUCUUGGUCACAACUGUACGUGAUUCACGUUUGUCGGAGGUUCGGCUGGGUUUGUCGAAGAAGGUGAAACUUGGAAUGCUGAAUAAGCGUGGAGAAAGUAGAGUUUUUAAAAUAUUAGAAUUCUUAGACGCAGUCAGGCUGACUAACUCUUCAUCAAAAUGUUGAGAAUCCGCAAUGAUUUUAUAGAUAUUGUUUUGUAGUUCUCAAAGGAUUUGAACGAUUCCUUUUGUAAUGUAUACGAAUUUACUCUGUUUCCUUGCGUUACGUCUCUUCCUAUACUUCUCAUUUUAAUUCCCUUGAAAUCGAAGACAAGUUAAGAAUAGAUAAUCGAGAGUGUCAUUUAUAAGACGAAUAGUAAGUAAAAUUGAUAAUGAUGAUUGAUUACCAUCGUAAUUAUUGUCAUUAUACACUAAGUUUCUAGAAAACCUGAUUAAAAAUUGAGAAAUUAAACAUUUGAGAUAGACUUAACAUCUUGCCUUGAGUUCCACGCUAAAUACCCAACUACUAAAGAACCAAAUUUCACAAUUCAAUGAAUUCCCUCAUCUGCUUUCAAACAAUUUUAACGUUAUCAUCGUCCUUCGUGUUUUUACUCACAACGUUUUCUUUAUGUUUUCCAAGUAUUCAUUGUUCAAUUCCAACCAUUUUAUAGUCAACUUAUAUCGCUGCUUAUUUUUGUAAAAAGAAAACUUGGAAUGUUUCAACCUUUAAGCGAAUGUGACUCGUCUCGGCAUUCUGAGUUCACCGUUCUUCUAAAUCUUCAUAAUUAUGGCUCCCAUCAGAAAGAAACGAAAGAACGAUAAGAAGAUUGUGAACGGAUGACGAUUGCAAGCUCGAUAGAUGGUAGAGGAAUUUUUAUUAAUAAGUCGAACGUUUUAGCGGGUAUCGUUGAAGGUUGAUCGAAAGCCAGCACCGCUUAGAGGACGUUUUCGUUAACGCGAGACUACCACGACGAAUAAUCGACGUGUUCGUCACUGAAAGAGCCUGUGAAUACGUUCCUGCUCGAACUUUGCGACUCUUACCAUUCCAAAAGAUCGUUUUCACUAUCUUAAUUCUGUAUUUCGUUAUUGCUGUACAGUAUUGAACGCGAAAGUUUUAGAAACACGAAUAAGAACAGCUGUAAUAAAUAAUUUCGACAUAAUGGAUAAAUGUUUGAGAGGUUGAUUAACGAAUACUUGAAAUGUACAAUUCGGCUGUAACGUAAUCUGGAUUUGUUAGGUAUCUAAUUUGGAUAUUUGUCAAGUUUAGACUUAUUAGGUAUUUCAUUUUUAGAUAUUUUCCUAAUAAAUCUGAUUUUUAUUCAUUUUUAUUAAGCAACUAUUCUUCUGUAAUUUUUACAUUCGUAAUUCGUUUUCUGUUUCCACCUCUUGGUCUUAGAAGACUAUGCUAACGUAAGCCUAACGAAAUAAACCACUCUAACGUUCCAGCGAUUUUUAUGUCAAUUCUAAAUCUUAAGUUCUACCUGUUUUCUCUUUAUUUUUAUUUUUUCUUUCUGUUUGUUUGUUUUUUUUUUUUUAUUAAGAAAAAAGAACAUGUGACAAUUUACGUCGACGAUUAACAGCGUUCGCGAAUAAAACAACGAAUUAACAACCUGUCGAUCGUUAGAUGUAAAAUUAAGAAUUAAGAAAACAAAUUUACUUCUAGUUUCCUGCUUUUUUUAAUUAACGAGUGACGACGACACUGAUCCUUAUGAACACUGGCCGCGACUUAUUCUAAUCGAACUGAAAAGGUAGCUAAACUAUGUUAACCGACUAUCGAUCACUUACUAUGAUAAGUCUAGUUAGCGUAUAUCACCGCUCAAAAGUAUCUGGAUAUUUAUUUACGUAUUGUUGUUAGAUUGCGACUUAAUCGUAAUCGCUGUUAUGAUAUUAUAAAACGUUACAAUGAAGUUAGUUGCCAAAAGCAGAAUAUUCCACGACAAAUUUAUUUGUAGAUACUAAUCUUUGUGAAAUAUUCCAUCAUUUUGAAAAUUCUCCAUUUCAUUUACAAGCUGCAAGUCAAAUAAACAAAGUCUUAAAUUAAUGGAAUAUGAAAAUAAGAUAUUAUGGAGAUUCAAAGAUACGAUAUAUAUAUAAUAUAAACAUUAGAAACACCAAAGUUUCUAUUUGUUUUUGUUUUUAAACGUAAGCGAUUAAUUAUGUAAAAAGCCAAUUGACAGAAGCUUGUUAUUAUUUCAACAUUUGCAAUAAUUACAAAGAACUGUACUCAUCCGUGAAAUUAAUAAUAAUUUUCAUCGGUUUUUACCAGUAUAGGUAUCAUUAGCAAGUUUUUAAACGAAUCAUUUCGAUUUACCUAAUCUCCAUUGAUUCGCAAUUCCAUUAAAUUCAUAGAUAUUUCAUUAAAUCUUUUCCAUUGAUCUACAUCUCAUUACUUGUGUGUCCAUUAUCAAGGAAAAAUUCACGUAUUAAAUCUAAGUAUCCAGAUACUAAUGAAUGGUUAGUAUGAUCAUUAUUGAUCGUUCUUCAACGAAUUUUGGUCCGUCGAUGAAAACUAAAACUGUGUUCCACGUUGAAAGCCUGACUGCUUGGAAAACGUUUCAUUUUCUAUAUAAUAACGUCGACCUAAGUAGAGUUUUUUAUACGAGUAAUUAUUAAUGUCCACGAUAUAUGUAUUUAACAGAGGAAAUGUCGUGAGUUUCUGCGUUUUUCUAUGGAAAAAUGAUGUGGUGCCACGUGUUUUCCUGUCUCUUUUAUCGUUUCUCCUUUUUUAUUAAGAUGAAAAUACUUUGUUCAUACGUAUUAUAUAUUAUAUACAGAUUGUAUUUAUAUGUAUAAGAAGCAUGUUAUAUAUACAUAUAAUUUAUAGUAAAGUGAUUGAGAUUCAAUAUAA